AGCUAGCACUCUCCGGACCGGGUUGUAAUGGCAACUGACUGGAUGAAACAUCAACAGCAACUUUUGUAAUUUAUUUGAAGGAAGUUUAAAUUAAGGAGGUUUUACACAAACCUUGAGGAAAUUAUUUCUAAUGUGAGAAACCAAGUUAUACAAUUUUCGGUCCGAAAAUGUCCCAGGGAUGUACAAUUUCUGUGGAAGAGAUCCAGUCUUGGUGGGAAGUCCCCGCCAUAGCCCACUUCUGUUCGCUGUUCAGGACUGCAUUCAACCUACCAGACUUUGAAAUUGAGGAGCUGGAAGAGGCGCUACAGAAGCAGGACACAGACUUUCUGGCUGACCUCCUCGUCUCACUGCUGCAAGGAUGCUACCAGCGCACAGACAUCACUCCCCAGGCGUUCAGCAGUUAUCUGGACGACAUCAUCAACUACCGCUGGGAGCUGGAGGAGGGGAAGCCCAACCCCCUGCGCCAGGGGCCCUUUGAGGAGUUGACCCCGCGCACACAGGUGGAGCUCCUGCACAGGCUGUGUGACUACCGCCUGGACGCCGCAGACGUCUUCGACCUGCUCAAGGGCCUGGAUGCGGACAGCCUGCGUGUGGAGCCGCUGGGGCAAGAUGGGAGCGGUGCCCUCUACUGGUACUUCUAUGGUACCCGCAUGUACAAAGAGGAGCCGGUCAAGAGGAAAGCGGAGCAGCUCGGUGAAGCCCCUGAGAUCAAACCAACAGAGAAGAGGAAAAGGGGAAGACCACCAAAGAAGAAAGUGGAGGAGAUCCAGCUAAGUGAGGUGGAGAGCGAAGUGAAGAAGGAGAAUGGACUGGAAGGUCUACACUCAUGCACAGACCGGGAGCGCGGUGCCUGGUCCUUGGUGUGUGACACGGAGGAGCAGUGGGCCAGUCUGGCCGAGAGCAUCAGAGACAAAACGUCUCCCCAGGACCGCCACCUCUACCGCAUCAUCAGCCAGAACUUCCUCCCUGAGAUCAGCAGCAUGAUCGAGCACAAGGUGAAUGAGCAGAAGCAGAGGCUGCUGGAUCCCACCCCAGUAAGCAGCUCUUACCGGCUCUCUGAGAAACGCAUGAGCCAAGAGGAGGAGGACACGCUGCAGGCCAUAGCCAACAGGGAGCAGCAGAAACAGAGGGAUGAGGACAUGGACAGGCAGGCCCUGCUGAUGGAGCAGAGACGAGAAGAGGAGAUGCUGCUGCAGGAGGAGCGCCAGAGAGAGGAGCUGGAGAGACUCCAAGCUGUGGAGGAGCGAGCGCGGCGACGGAAACUGCGUGAGGAGAAGGCCUGGUUGAUAUCCCAGGGGAAGGACCUGCCCCCCGAACUGCUGCACCUGGAGCCCCACUCACCCAUCCGACGCUCCCGCAGGACAAAAGAGUUCUAUGAAAUUGAUGAUGAUUAUACGGCGUUGUACAAAGUGUUGGAGGCCCUGAGAGCCCACAAAGAUGCCUGGCCCUUCUUGGAGCCUGUGGAUGAAUCCUAUGCCCCCAACUAUAAUGCGGUCAUUCAGGCUCCAAUGGACCUGUCCACCAUCGAGACUAAGCUGAAUGAAGGGGAGUAUAUUGCCAAGGAAGAGUUUGUUUCUGACAUGAAGCUUAUGUUUGAAAACUGCAUCGAGUACAAUGGGGAAGACAGCGAGUACAGCAUCAUGGCAGAAUCCCUGGAGCGUUGUUUCAGCCGGGCGCUACUCAAACACUUCCCGUCGGAGGACGGCGACACGGACGAGGAGUUCCACGUGAGCGGCGAGGACCGUGAGAGAGAUCGCAAGGAGAAAAAGCGAAGCAAAGGCAACAAACAGGCAGGGCCAGAAAGCUUGAUCCGAGCCACCGAGCAGGCCUCACGCAAACGGACACAUCCAGGGGGCAAGGGCAGCACCCCAGUGGAGGAGGAGGGGAAUAAGCCAGCACAGCCACCCCCUCCCCCCCACUGGGCCAAUGGACCCCCACACCCCCAUGGCAUACCUCAUGGACAACCCCAUCCUGGGAACCUUUACUACACAGCACAGCAGCAGCUCCAGCGCCCCACUAAUCCCCACGGCCCACACAUGUACGGCCAGAGGAUGGACCCCGGCUACGCCUACCCUGGACAGGGACACAUGCCCCGGCCUGGGGACCCCAGUGCUCACCACAUGCCUCAACAUUACAACAUGCAGCCACACAUGGAGGAUGGACACCACGUUGGCCAUAGAUACCAAAUGGGACCUGAUGGCCGGCCUCUUCAGCCACAGCACCACCGGCAGCACCACCCCUACAUGGGUCCCACCCAUGGCCCCUCACUGGGCCCCCGUCCCAUGGCCCUCCAGUCUGGGGGCCUCUGCACCCCCAUGCCCGACAGCAGCAUGUACUUGUCCCGCCAGCGCACCAACGGCCACCCCCUACACCCCGGAGGGAACUGCUACCCCGGGCCUGACGUCCCACCACGACACAACUACCCAGCCUUCCAUCCAGGCAUGGGCAUGCCUCCUAACAUGUGGUCAGGGAUGAACCACCAAGGCCAGGAGAGGCCCAGCGGACCUGGGAAACAAGUGCAAAAUAUGGCUAACCACCAGCAGCUCUCUUAUAGCCACGGGGGUCCACGUCCCAUGGGCCCCAAACCCUGGCCAGAGCAGCCUGGGGGCCCUGGAGGGUACCCCUCUCAUCCUAAUGGCCAGUACAGGAUUUCCACUGGCAUCACCAGCUCCCCGGGACCCAUGGCCCUGCAGACCCCCAUGCCUCAUCAGGACUCCAGGCAGUGUCUGGCCUCCAUGCUGGAGAGCCCAGAGAUGAUUGCCCUGCAGCAGCUGUCUGCCUCCUCCACCGGACUCCCUGCUGGCUCCUCUCACCAGGACAUGGGCAACUUUCAGCAGCAGCCCCCACAGUGUGUUGGCAGCGCCCCAACUCACCCCUCGCCGUACCACCCUCCCCCUGAAAUUCAGCUGCUGCGUCCUGCCAGAGACAAUGGCCCGGACAGCCAGACUGCCCAUCACGCAGAUUUGAAGCCCAAAGGGUCCACGUCAGAUCCCAAAACAUCCAACAACCAUGCAGGAGCUCGGGUAACCCCCGUCCCAUCUGAACAGGAACGCACCUCGUUCCCCAGUCCCACAGAGCCUCCCAGUCGCCCCACUCGGGGCAUGCAGAGCCCCUCUGCUCCAAACUGGGGCAGAUCACAGGAGAGGGUUAGCGGGACCCGGGAGCAGGCUGCGUCUGGGCUGGGACUCCCACAGAGCUCAGAGACAAACGACAACCAAGAGGGGGAGAGCAGAGGACAAUCUGUCAGCCAGACUCCCCCUCAUCAGAACAAAACUUCCAUUGUUCAUCCUCCUCACCCCCAGAAUGCACCUCACUCUCAGAACUCUCCUCACUCCCAGAAUGCUCCACAGCAUAUUACCCAGAGCCCCCCCCAGCAAAUCCUAGAGAAUGCCACUCGCCUUAAGAACGCCCAUCAACACAAUACCCAGAAUGCACAGCAACAAAACAUCCCUCAACAUAUCACUCGGAAUGCUCCACAGCAAGGAUCUGAAAACCCCCACCAAAAAAACUCUCAGAACACACCUCCACAUGUGGCUCAGAAUGUCCCUCAACCAAUCUCCAUGCAUGGAAUGCCACAGAACGCCCCCCAGGGGGCCCAGCCUGGCCCUGGUCCACCCCAGCCAGCACCUCUCACCUCCCUGCCCCCCAGCCACCCUGUGUCCCAGUUGCCUCCCCAGCCCAGCCCAGCCGACCAGGGCGACCAGAGGCCAAGCGAGCCCACUAGCAGGAGGGACUCUGUAGGCAGUUCUGGUAACUCCAGCAUGAUGAAGUCUGGACCUCCAAAUGGCAUCUAUAAACAACAGUCGUUCAGUCCCAAGGCACAACAGACACAGCCCGGUAACCAGGGGCCAAGGGGUCACAACCCAGCCAUGGCUCCCCACUCCCAGGGCCAGGACAAUGGAGCCAUGGGUCAAUAUGGCAUGGGCAGCCCAACACAUCUGCACUAUGGUCAACCUAUGGGCAAACCCAUGCCCCCUUCAAAUCAACAGCCUUACCCGAACCAAGCUGUUUCCCAGACCAUAAACCCCCACCAUAACCCUGCCGGCUACCCCACCUACCACCAGCAAGGAGCUUCCUAUCCAUACCACAUGGCCCAGCAGCAGCAUCCCCAGGGCCACCCUAACAUGUACCCCCAGUACCAGCAGCAACACUUCUACCCCCAGCCCCAGGGCAACAGCCGGGGAGGCUACCCCUCCGAGGAGUGGCACAGGCAGCAGCAGUACCAGCCUCGCCACCCCAUGCCCUCCAACGCCUACCUGCUUGCAACUAGUGCCAAUGUCAAUGGGUGCCUGAAGGAGGGCAGCAGCAUGGGCUCCCCCCUGGGCUCUGAGGGCUCCGGGGGCAGCCUGAUGUCCCCCAAUCCCCUGCCCGAGGGCCCCCGUGGAGGAUCUGUGGAGAAGGAGAGUAGGGAGGCCGGCAGCCCUGUGAAGCAACAGCCUGCUCGGGUGGAGGAGAGCUCAGAGCGGCCAGAGAGCCCCAAAGAAAUCCUGGACCUGGACAGCCACAACGCUGCCGCACGCCGCCGGAGUGUCCAGCCCCCACCUCACGUGGGCAACUUCCUGUACGAUUCCCGAGCAGUGCAUACUGGGAUGCAGCAGGGCGGGGCCCCGCCUCCCCACAUGUCUCAUGCUCCAUACCCCAACCAGCCAGGUUACCCCAGUGGACACUACGCCCCCCAGAGACCCCACCCCCACCUCAUGGAAGCCCUGCAUCGGCCCCAGCACCUUCCCUUUCCCCCGGGGCAGACCCGCAUGGCGAUGUACAGACAUCCCCAGGCCGAAGGCCACUUCCAGGACAUGAUGGUCCAGCAGAGAGGCCUGGUGCCCGAACACUUCCUUCACCCAGGGCAGCAGAUGAUGUCUCCGAGUGGUCCCAGCAGUAAACAGGGAGUUUGAGCAACUCUGUGGGCGCAGGGUAAAGGACAAAAGCAACAAACACCUGUACACAAAGCAGUGCCUGCAUAUCAUCCAUCCAUGACGAUUGCCUGUGUCUCCUGUCAUAAGCCUUUAAAAUGUGACUGUGCUGUUGGAACCAUGAUGUUCUCUGCUGUGGAGCGGCUCAAAAUGGAGUCUUGUCCGUUGUCUUUUCUCUGUCUGUGUCACUGAGCACCAGUAACUACUGCUCUCUGCAUCAGACAGAAGAUAUGCAGUGUGUGCAGACAAGGGAAACAUAUUUAUUUGAGAAUCUCUUUAGGGAAUGAGUUCUUUGCCCCUCGGGGAUGUCUGUCUGCUUCAUGUGGAACCCUCACUGAGACAUGGCCCUGUCUGCCAGUGGACUUCCAGUUCAGACUGUGUGUACAGCUGGUCCCUUCCUGCAAGAACAUCUGGAGAUCCUCCUCCUCUGUCUGCAGCCUCACACUGGUUGGACAAAGCUACUGGGAAUUGGGUUUUGUCUGGAGGAAGGCUCUUCCCCUGACUAUGGGGAAUAGUCAGGGGGGCUGGAGGCUCCUAUGGACCUCCAGCCCCUUCGGUCCUAUCAGAACCUCUACAGAAGAGAAAAAUGGAUCCGGUGAUGAGAAGAGAGGGCUGGUGUUAUUGUUUCUUUGGGUUUUUUCCCCCAAACGUUUUAACUCAGGUGUAGAAAAGGAGGAACUUUAAGACUGUAGAGAAGCCGUCAUCAGAACCCUGUCGACAGACAGGCCUUGCCGUUUCCUUUUUGUUGAAUGUAUGUGUGAAUGAUAGAUAUAGACCUGCAGAGAGCCUUCUCUGCUAUGCACUAGGGAUAGUCUACACAUACUGGAGUGGCCUUGGAAUUUUUACGUUGGUGCUUGUUUUAUAUAUAGUUGAAGUCAGAAGUUUACAUACACCUUAGCCAAAUACAUUUCAACUCAGUUUUUCACAAUUCCUGACGUUUAAUCCCAGUAACAAUUCCCUGUCUUAGGUCAGUUAGGAUCACCACUUUAUUUUAAGAAUGUGAAAUGUUAGAAUAAUAGUAGAGAAUGAUUUAUUUCAGCUUUUAUUUCUUUCAUCACAUUCCCAGUGGGUCAGAAGUUUACAUACUCAAUUCGUAUUUGGUAGCAUUGCCUUUUCAAUUGUUUAACUUGGGUCAAACGUUUUGGGUAGCCUUCCACAAGCUUCCCACAAUAAGUUGGGUAAAUUUUGGCCCAUUCCUCAGGUUUGUAGGCCUCCUUGCUCGCACAAGCUUUUUCAGUUCUGCUCACAAAUGGGAUAGGAUUGAGGUCAGGGCUUUGUGAUGGCCACUCCAAUACCUUGACCUUGUUGUCCUUAAGCCAUUUUGCCACAACUUUGGAAGUAUGCUUGGGGUCAUUGUACAUUUGACCCAUUUGCGACCAAGCUUUAACUUCCUGACGGAUGUCUUGAGAUGUUGCUUCAAUAUAUCCACAUACUUUUACUCCUUCAUGAUGCCAUCUAUUUUGUGAAGUGCACCAGUCCCUCCUGCAGCAAAGCACCCCCACAACAUGAUGCUGCCACCCCCGUGCUUCACGGUUGGGAUGGUGUUCUUCGGCUUGCAAGCCUCCCCCUUUUUCCUCCAAACAUAAUGGUCAUUAUGACCAAACAGUUCUAUUUUUGUUUCCUCAGACCAGAGGACAUUUCUCCAAAAAGUAGGAUCUUUGUCCCCAUGUGCAGUUGCAAACUAUAGUCUGGCUUUUUUAUGGCGGUUUUGGAGCAGUGGCUUCGUCCUUGCUGAGCGGCCUUUCAGGUUAUGUCGAUAUAGGACUCGUUUUACUGUGGAUAUAGAUACUUUUGUACCUGUUUCCUCCAGCAUCUUCACAUGGUCCUUUGCUGUUGUUCUGGGAUUGAUUUGCGCUUUUCACACCAUAGUACGUUCAUCUCUAGGAGACAGAACGCGUCUCCUUCUUGAGUGUUAUGAUGGCUGCGUGGUCCCAUGGUGUUUAUACUUGCAUACUAUUGUUUGUACAGAUGAACGUGGUACCUUCAGGUGUUUGGAAAUUGCUCCCAAGGAUGAACCAGACUUGAGGAGGUCUACAAAUUAUUUUCUGAGGUCUUGGCUGAUUUCUUUUGAGUUUCCCAUGAUGUCAAGCAAAGAGGCACUGAAUUUGAAGGUAGGCCUUGAAAUACAUCCACAGGUACACCUCCAAUUGACUCAAAUGAUGUCAAUUAGCCUAUUAGAAGCUUCUAAAGCCAUGACAUCAUUUCCUGGAAUUUUCCAAGCUGUUUAAAGGCACAGUCAACUUAGUGUAUGUAAACUUCUGACCCACUUGAAUUGUGAUACAGUGAAAUAGUCGGUCUGUAAACAAUUGUUGGAAAAAUGACUUGUGUCAUGCACAAAGUAGAUGUCCUAAACGACUUUCCCAAACUAUAGUUUGUUAACAAGAAAUUUGUGAAGUGGUUGAAAAAUGAGUUUUCAUGACUCCGACAUAAGUGUAUGUAAACUUCCGACUUCAACUCUAACUCUUCACUGAAUUUGACCUCUUGUGUCAAACUAGGGAAUUAUGUUGGAUGGUUUUCCACACUUCCAUGUGUCCUGCUGGUUGGUAUACGCACUAAGUUACAUGAGUUAGAAUCAACAAUUGAUGUAUGCUAAGGUCUUUUUUUAUGUUGUCAUCUUUACAGCCCAUUUCUUUUAACCUGUACCAUGUAUUGCAUUCCAUACAUUUGGUGAAAAAUAAUACCUAACACGGUAGUCCCACUGUAGCUCCUUUUUAUGGUGAGUUUUAUUAUUCUAUUCAUAGCGGUGAAGAUUGUAUCCACAAUUGCACCCAUGCAUGAUUAUUUCUUCACGUCAGUGCUUCAUCCUCCCCAAUUCAAUUAACCUUUUAUAUGUCCUCAGGGUGUACAGUUUUAUACGGGUAUUUUAAUGAAUUAUUUGAAGGACAAGAAAAUAUGACUGGAAUUGUGACAAAUGAAUCAACCUAAUUUUAUGUGAAGAAACUGAUAAACCAAUAUUGUUUUUGCAAGAUUCUGUGUUAUUUUCAGUCCUCUUGUGACAGUGGGGGUCUUGCUCACUGCCAACCUGUUUGCUUUGUUUGGGGUUAAAUAAAAUGUCUAUUCCGUUUUGUACUAAUUGGAAUAGUAGAGUUUUUCGACAUUCCAGUUUGUUUUUUGUUUAAUAUUGUUGCUCUUGUCAUUGCCACUAUACAGUACCAGUCAGAAGUUAGGACACCUACUCAUUCAAGGGUUUUUCUUUAUUCUUACUAUUUUCUACAUUGUAGAAUAAUAGUGAAGAAGACAUCAAAACUAUGAAAUGACGCAUAUGGUGUCAUGCAGUAACCAAAAAAGUGUUAAAUCAAAAUAUAUGUGAUAUUCUUCAAAGUGAGCCACUGUUUGCCUUGACAGCUUUGCGCACUCUUGGCAUUCUCUCAACCAGUUUCACCUGGAAUGCUUUUCCAUCAGUCUUGAAGGAGUUCCCACAUAUGCUGAGCACUUGUUGCCUGGUUUUUCCUUCACUCUGCAGUCCAACUCAUCCCAAACCAUCUCAAUUGAGUUGCGGUUGGGUGAUUGUGGAGGCCAGGUCAUCUGAUGCAGCACUUCAUCACUCUCCUUCUUGGUCAAAUAGCCCUUACACAGCCUGGAGGUGUGUGGGGUCAUUGUCCUGUUGAAAAGCAAAUGAUAGUCCCACUAAGAGCAAACGAGAUGGGAUGGUGUGUCGCUGCAGGAUGCUGUGGUAACCAUGCUGGUUAAGUGUGCCUUGAAUUCUAAAUAAAUAACUUACCGUGUCACCAGCAAAGCACCCCCACCGUCACACCACCACUUCCAUGCUUCACGGUGGGAACUAGACAUGCGGAGAUCAUCCGUUCACCUGCUCUGCGUCUCACAAAAACACCUUGGUUGAAAACAAAAAUCUCAAAUUUGGACUCAUCAGACUAAAGGACAGAUUUCCACCAUUCUAAUGUGUUUCUUAAUAUUCUUAUUAGUGUCCUUUUAGUAGUGGUUUCUUUGCAGCAAUUUGACCAUGAAGGCCUGAUUUCACAUGGUCUGCUCUGAACAGUUGAUGUUGAGAUGUGUCUGUUACUUGAACUCUGAAGCAUUUAUUUGGACUGCAAUUUGAGGUGCAGUUAACUCUAAUGAACUUGUCCUCUGCAGCAGAGGUAACUCUGGGUCUUCCUUUCCUGUGGCGGUCCUUAUAAGAGCCAGUUUCUUUAUAGCGCUUGAUGGUUUUUGCAACUGCACUUGAAGAAACUUUCAAAGUUCUUAAUUUUCUGCAUUGACUGACCUUCAUGUCUUAAAGUAAUGAUGGACUGUUUGUCUUUGCUUAUUUGAGCUGUUCUUGCCAUAAUAUGAACUUGGGCUAACUAAUGUAUACCACCCCUACACAACUGAUAGACUCAAAUUCAUUAAGAAGGAAAGAAAUUCCACAAAUGAACUUUUAACAAGGCACACUUGUUAAUUGAAAUGCAUUCCAGGUGACUACCUCAUGAAGCUGGUUGAGAGAAUGCCAAGAGUAUGCAAAGCUGUCAUCAAGGCAAAUGGUGGCUACUUUCAAGAAUCUCAAAACAUCCAGGGCUGUAUCACAUCCGGCCAUGAUUGGGAGACCCAUAGAGCGGUGCACAAUUGGCCCAGUGAUGUCCGUGUUUGGCUGGGGUAGGCAGUCAUUGUAAAUAAGUCAGUUAAGAAAAAAUUAUCUAGUUAAAUAAAUAAAAAAUCAGCAUCUAAGAAAUAUAUUUUGAUUUGUUUAACACUUUUUUGGUUACGACAUGAUUCCAUAUGUUAUUUCAUAGUUUUGAUGUCUACACUGUUAUUCUACAAUAUAAAGAAAAACCCUUGAAUGAGUAGGUAUGUUCUAACGUUUGACUGGUACUGUACACUGCGAGUGAUUUUGUCUUUGAACAAUUGAUCUGUGUAGAUUGAAGUCUUCCCCAUCUUGUCAUAUCCAUGUUGCGCCUGUGAGUCCCACAGGUAUAGUGAUGGCAACGAAUGAAUCUACCUCAUAGCCAGUCCACUGGCAUCCACUAAGUCCCUCCACUCACCAGAGUCAGUCCCCAGCACACAAAUGGCCUAACACUACUAUUGUCAUGACUAUGUCUAAUUUUCCCAGUGCCAAGUCAUGGUACUGUCCUGAUCAAAAGUGUAGCGGACCCGUCCAUGGAACAUUUUAUUGUAAGGUUAUUUGUGUCAUCGCCAGGGGGGGGGAGUUGAGGUCAUCAGAAAAGGACUCUUUUAAAUAUGAUCUUGUCUCAUCAGCUGUAUAGAUUGCAUGCCUUCCUGCCACAGAGUGAGGUGAGUAGACAACCUGAGCCGUGUGCUUCUACUGGAUCUGUGUUAGGCAGCAUAGAGUUAGCAGUGUAGUUCCCUCAAUUAUAGACACCUAAUGCAUUAAAAGGAAAUGUGCUCAAGGAGGGAUGAAUAUAGGAAAAUACUAGAAGCUGUGAGACAUUAUUGAUUUGUCCCAGGAUACUGUAUAACAGGGAUCAUCAACUAGAUUCAGCCCCAGGCCAAUUUUCUUUCUUGAGUGGAUGGCCGGGGGGCCGGAACAUAAUUACAAAUCAUUUGUACACUGCAAUUUGACCGUAAGAAGCCCAAAAAUAUAUAUUUCACUAAAACAUCAAACCUUGCUUACAUUUGUAUACGAUCACAUGUAUCUCUCUAUUAUAUGUGGGAAUUCUUAAGAACAAGUUUUGCUCAGAAAACUUGGGGGGACGAAUAAAACCACCCUGCGGGCCGCCAGUUGGAGAACCCUGCUGUUUUAAGGAUGUAUUGUUUUACUUGCUAGGGAUUUUUAGUACUAGAUGAGGUCUUCUCGGAGGUAGUGUGAUCAUUUGCGCUGUCCAUGUAUGAAGGACAGUGUAGUUGUAAAUGGUCUGUGAGGUUAUCAUACUGUUAUGCAGCUUUGUUGUCGCUGAUGUGUAGUCUGCACAAGACAUGGAAGUCUGUAUGCCACUCACUUCACUCCACUUCUACUCUGUCAUCCAGUUCGUCUGCACUAGUAAAAUAUCUAGAUUUGAUUAAAUGUGAAUCAUAUUUAUUUGCUCUUAAAUGUUGUACAUUGUGACUUUUUUUAUAUAAAUGUUAUCUCUGGUUGUUUUUUGUUUUUAAGCAGUUGACAUUUACCUCUGUAGUAUAGCAGCAUCAAAAAAGACCCUGUAUGUUUCAUCUGACUGACAUAGAUUAUUUUGGAAAUGGACUGAAGUAUUUUCUAUACUGCACAUUUCUUAGAAUAAAUAACUUUUCCUGAAUUGAA